AUGUGCAGCUACGUAAGUGCGUCUGCAGUUGCAGUGUACAUUAUCCCGUUUAUUGCCAUUGCUGGAGCGGACAUGCCGCAUUACACGACGUGGGACGACGGCUCCUACUCGAUAAUUGCGCAAACAAUUGGCGGCACGUGGCUCUGCGUCUGGGUAUUAAUUUCGUCCGUCAUCGGGAAUCUCGGUCUCUUUCUUGCGGAAAUGGCCAAGGAGGUUCCAACUUGCUGGGAUGGCGGACUCGGGCCUGGCACCGCCGUACUUUGCUCAACGCCACCCUGA